AUGAAUAGCAUAUCUGAAGAAUAGAACUUUUCAGAAGAACCAUAUUAAAUAUACAAAUCUAAUUCAAUAAUUAAGACAUUUACCUCAGUCUAAUAGAUCAAUUUUGUUACUUAAUUAAAUAAUUAUUCAAUUCAACUCUCAAGUUUUCCCAAUGCUGAGUAUUUUAAUAUUUUAUAUAAAAUAGAUAAUAUGAUAGAACAAUUUAAAACUCAAAUAUUAUUAUUGGAACUAAUUUAUGUGAGUAAGAAUAAGAUGAAAUGUUUUCAAAUGAGGAAUAGAUACUUGAUUAUAAAUAUGAAGAGACUUUGAUUGAAGAAAAAAAAGUAUUUGAUAAUUAAUUUUUGUAAUACUAAAUAUAAUGAGUUUUAACAAGUUUUAGCUAGAAGGAUGUGGUUUCAACUUUAAUCUUAUUCAUUUGUUAUGGCUCUAAGAUCCAAUUUUCAAAAACAACAUUCGGUUAGAUAUUCCAGACACUAUACAAAUUCUUUAAGGAUAACCUCAUUUUUGGUAUUAUAGUGUGGAUUCAUAAAUAAUGAGAAAGAGUAAAACAAAACUGAAUCUGGAAUCUAUUUUAAAGGAUUUUGUUAAGGAUAAGAAUGAUAAUCAUGAGAUAUGUGCUGUUUGGAUUACAAAGAAAGAUAAUUAAACUGAAUUCGAAUUUCUAUCUCAAUAUCUUCUAUGUUAAUUAAUAUCUCAAAUGAAUUAUGAAACUGAGGGCUAUUUAUAAAAAUUCAUAUAUCCAAAAUGUAGAUUAAUAUAAUUAUUAAUAUAGCUGAGAAGAAUGAAGUUAUAAAAUGUACAUGGGGAAACAAUUUAUGUUAUUUUGAAGUAUUUACAAAUAAAUAUCCAAUAAUGAUGUAGAAAGCAGAUAUAUAUUAAAGAGCAGUGACUUUUGAAACUUAAAAUGGUCCUGUUGAAUAAUCAACGUAUAAUUUUAAUUUCUAAGAUUUUCAGUUUAAAGGGAACAUAAUUUUGUCAAAGAUUAGAAUUAUUAUGUGGAUUAAUCAUGUCUCAUGUUAUAAAUGUUACUUAAAAUUAAAAAGAAAUAACCUUGAUGGAAUUGAUAUUUAAAUUAUCAAAAAAAGGAUAAAUCUAUCUAAUAAUAUGUUCCAAUUUAUCAACAUCUAAUGUUCCCACCAAAUUUUCAUUACGUAAUAAAUAUUAUUGAUUCAAAGCUGACUUUUCAAUUACUAAAAAAGUAACAAAGGAACUUUUGAAUUAUCCAAAGGCAAUAACAUUAUCUGAUAAUUCUAAAUGCAUAGUAUGUGAUGAAGAAAAAAAUUAAAUAGAAUUUUCAAAAGUUAAAUUAAAAGAAUUGAUUCAUUAUUGGGAAUCUGGAUCUGAUCAUCGAUCUUAAGUUUAAUCUCCAAAAUCUCAUAGAUUGCAUGCUUAAUUAAUAAAAAUAGAUCCUACUUAAUUAAUACCAAGAGUGAUCAAAUUAAUGUAUCCGAGAAUGAGUUUAGAUGAAUAUUAAGAAUUUAGAAAUAAUACAGUCUUCAUAAAUUAAACUAUUUCAUUAUGUAGUUAUUGUUUUACUAAACUUUAUUAAAGUGAAGAAGAAAAAGUCAGAGUUAUUCCAAGAAAACACAAUAGAUUAAUAAGAACUGAAAUCUAUGAUAAUGAACCAAUCAAGUACGAUCCAAUCACCCCUGGAAAAACUAAAAAAACUAUUUAUUGUAGUUUCUUAGAACAUAAGGUGAUAAACAAUUAUAUCAAUCGAAGACUCAAAUUGUCUAAUAUUAAGAAGGAAUCUUUUCCCAUGGUUAAUAACUCUAAUUCUUUAUUUAAAACUACUUAAUCAUCUAGAAUUAAAGUAGACAUAUGA